UAUAGACUCGUACUCCAAAACUGGAAUGUGACAUGCUCUCUCUCUUUUCCGCCUGCUCUCCACUUUCCUUCUGGCUCGACUCCAAAGGUCUUUGCUUCUUAUCCACUGCAGUCUCAAGAUGAAGCCCCUGGUGGUUAUAGCUGUGCUCGUAGGAGCCCUCGGGGAGGUUUCACAGACCUUCCCUGCCUGGUACCACAGGGGCUGGCUGCGACUGCUAAGAGAAGGGGAUGGCUGUGGGGCAUGCCAUUUGGAGCACUGCCCCGUGCCCACAAACUGUCGAGCUGGGACCGUCUUAGACCUAUGUGGUUGCUGUCCUGAAUGUGGGAACGUAGAAGGACAAAUCUGUGACCUGGACCAUGGCAGCAAUUUCUAUGGACACUGUGGAGACAACCUGGAGUGCCACCUGGAUGUGGACGACAUAAAGUCUGGAGAAAUCCCCGAGCCGCAGUGUGUGUGCAAAUCAGAAGAAAUGGUGUGUGGACCCGACGGAAGGACCUAUGAGAACAUCUGCCAGUUCAGGGAGGCUUACGCAGAGAAGGGAGCAAAUAGCAGCAUAAAGCACAAAGGACCAUGUAAAUCAGCUCCUGUUAUUUCGUUGUCACCUCAAGAUACCCAGAAUUUCACAGGAAACGAUGUCAUUUUUGGCUGUGAGGUCUCUGCUUAUCCCAUGCCACACCUUGAAUGGAAGAAAAAAGGAAAUAAAAUGUUUCUGCCAGGAGAUGAUGCUCAUAUUUCAAUACAGGCAAGAGGAGGCCCCCAGAGAUACAGUGUGACUGGAUGGUUACAAAUCCAAGGAAUCAGGAAAUCAGAUGAAGGUGUCUAUGUAUGUGAAACAAAAAAUAAAUAUGGGUUUGCCUAUUCAUCUGCAAAGCUGAAGGUUAUUGAUGAUUCCUCAUCCUUUCACGAUAUCCCUGGCAGCUGGAUGACUAGUGCCAAUGCGGAUUACGGAGACUCUUUUGACUCUGUUGAAGAAGAAGACGAAGAAGUAGAGCAUGCAUCUUCUGGGGACUAUGCUAAAUGAAAGAAGUGCAACCCUUCUAUUAGGGUUUACUUCUUUCAUGUUCACUGUUCUACAACCUCAAUUUGUAUUACAUUCUAAAAAAGACCAGCAUCAAGCAACCAAAAUAACUAGAUUUUUGUAUUGGGUUAGCAUAAAAUUUACGGGUUAGCGUAAGGCUUAUCACACUGUCUCAGCUGGAUCUAUUUUGUAGGGUUGUUGUAAGGAAAAAAAGUCGAGUGUCGUAUAAAUUCAAUA